AUGGAUCCCGCCAUUGGUGUUGUGGCCUUUCUUACGAUCUCCGCUCAGGUUAUUCGUCUCUAUGACGACUACAUCCAGAGCAUCAAGGAUGCCCCGCACACGGUCCGCAACAUUCGGUUGGAGGUCUCCUCCGUAACAUGCGUCGUCGAGAAUCUCCGGGAUACCCCGAAUGUCGAUUCCCCAUCGGUCUCAGAGCCGGUUCGGAAGCUCUGGUGCGAAGGCGGGACAAUGAGUUCUUGCUUGCAAGCUAUGUCACAGCUGGAAUCACUCCUCGCAGAUCAAACAACCAAACGCCCCACUGCUGACUCUCAGAAGAAAGGCAAAACUCGAGAGACACUUGCCCAGGUAGUUGAGGUUGGGUCACGAGUAAUUGCAGCUGCGAGGUGGCCUUUCAAGGAAAAAGAGGCAAAAAAGUUGCUUAAAGAGAUCUCGGACCACAAGCAAACGAUAAAUCUCGCCCUUUCUGUUGAUUCGAGCUUCGACAUGAAGAAACUCAGAGCGGGAGUGGACCUCCUGGUCAAGGAGUCCAUGGACCAGGCCAAGGAGUCCGUGGAAGAUUCUCAGCGGCAAGAAAUCUGCCAGUGGCUGGAGGAAGACAAUCCUUCAUCAAGGCUGCAUAAAACAGCAGCUAGGCUGCAUUCCGAGGGGACUGGUUCGUGGGUUCUAGACUUGGAGCAAUGGAAAGACUGGGUUGCCAGAACCACGCGAUGCGUCUGGAUCCAUGGUAUUCCCGGAGCAGGAAAAUUAAUCAUGGCGUCAUUUCUCUUCAACGAAAUCAACAAGAUUACCGGCCUUUCCAAAAACGCUACAUCGAUUUAUUUCUAUUGCUACUUUGGUAAUAAUCAGGACGAGACCAAUCCACUGUUGGCAUGGAUAGUCGGCCGGCUCUGUCGCCGCGCGGAAAAAAUGCCACAUAACCUGCGCUCAAUCUACAGAACUCGUAUUCGGCCGAAUGAUGACGAGCUUUUGGAAGGUCUCGAAAAUAUCCUUAACUCAUUCACUUGUGUCCAUGUCGUCAUUGAUGCGUUAGACGAGAGCAAGGAACCUUACACGACGCUUCUCAGGACCCUCAAGAAAAUUGCAACAGAGCCACGUUUCAACAAGAUACAGUUGCUAGUCACAAGCCGAGAUCUUACUAAUAUUCGAUGGGUUCUUUCAGACUUCUCCGCCCCAGUUGCGAUGCAGCUGGACAAGGUUGAGGGGGACAUACGAAAUCACGUCACCGAGCUAUUGCAAAAAGAGCUCGAGUUUUCAGGAUGGCCAGAGAAACUACGUCGCGACGUCGCGGAGAGGCUCGCAGUUGGUGCGGAGGGCAUGUUCCGUUGGGUUCACUGUCAAAUCGACAUUCUUAAACAGCUUCGGUCAAUCAAAGCGGUCGAAGAGGCCCUCUCUAGUCUCCCGAAGGGAUUAGAUGAGACAUACCAUCGUAUAUUUGAAAUGAUCCCCGAACACGAACGUACCUACGUCAAGAGAACGCUGUCUUUUCUUUGUGCCCACGACAAGUUUGCCAUCAUUCCCGGUUUCCCAAUGCAUCAACCUGAUCUCCUUUCCUUGGUGACGGAGAACUGGAGGCGCGAAAACGGCCAAUCUUCUGGAAGUGAUCUAUACGGCCUCGCUAUGCUUGAAAAAGCCUGCGGCUGUCUUGUUACCUUUGGCAAAAACGAAUGGGACUUUGAUGUGGCCUAUUUGGCGCAUUCUUCCGUCAGGGAAUUUCUAUUUUCUGAGCGACAAGAUACGAACUCCAAUGCGAUCAGUCGGCUGUUUGCAAUGUCCCAAGACAUAGUCGAUCGAAAUUUCCUGGAGGCUACGGUUACAGUGAUUCUGGAAUACACUGGCCCCGACGAUGGCGAUGUGUAUAGUUACGCUUACGUCGGCGCCAUACUUGCCAUUGAGCAUCAUCUCAAAGACCUCAGGAGCUGGAAAUUGGAUUCUCUCGUACUUCAAAUGGUGACACCACAAAGCCAGUGUUUUGAGAAGUUGAUAAGGGUAAUGUUGGGGGACCCAGACGAAAACCGAGAAAGGCUGACUAAGGUGUAUCAUGCACUGAAAUGA